AUGAGUGCCCCGCAGCACCGUCAACUCCGCCGCGCCGCGCAUAUUUCGAAAAUCGCCUCCAUCGACCUGUGUAGUCUAGAAGAAGAGGAUUCUGAAGACCUUGUGCUAGAAGACGUGCAAAAUGAAAAGCCGACGAACCGUCCGCCCUACUCUACCCUCAUACGUAAGAGAAGUGGAAAAGCGCUUCGAUUCGUUCGUCCGAAGCUUGCAGAUAUCUGGCAUAGCCGGUAUCAUGAGGCUAGUUUUGAUUUGGGACGACGUCUUGGCAUUGGGCGACGGACUCAGUCGUGUUGUGAAGAUGUUUGUGAUGAUCAGGUAUCCGUGGAAACAAUGGCUAUCACAGCACUUCCGAUGGAUGUUUGGCUUAAAGAGCGUUUAAAGAAAUGGGUGCAGUUAUCAGGCCACGAAGGUAGCAUUGUACCUGCCACACCUCACACGUUAUACAAGAAGCAGUGUGCGAAUUGUGGAGAGGGUAGAGCUUAUAAGAAUAUUUCAAAGGACGCCGCACUAAAUGGGUUCACGCCCAAAUAUUAUAAUGAGUUGGAGAAAAAUGAAGAACAUUUCAUCGAAAUCGAAGAUCUCCUUCAACAAUUCGCCGACCCCACGAAAACCGCCAUCAUGGACAUCAAAAUCGGGACCCGUACAUUCCUGGAGUCCGAAGUGUCGAACACGAAAAAACGCGCCGACUUGUACGAGAAAAUGGUGGCAAUCGAUAAUGACGAGCCGACGGAGGAGGAGCGGAAGGCCGGAGCAAUCACCAAGUUGAGAUAUAUGCAGUUCCGGGAACGAGAGAGCAGCACCGCCCAGUUGGGAUUCAGAAUUGAGGCCGCCAAGAGACUUGAAGGUGCCCUUGAGAAGAAUUUCAAAAAAGUGCGUACCGUCGAGGACGUGACAACCACCUUCAUGGACUUCUUUGGAAUUCAAAGAAGCCGUGUCCGAGCACAACUCAUCGAACGACUCAAAUCAAUGAGGAAAGCCAUUGAAAACUCGACAUUUUUCAAUUCUCAUGAAGUCGUCGGUAGCAGUAUUUUGAUAGUUUUCGAUACGGAGAAAGUCGGCUGCUGGAUGAUCGAUUUCGCGAAGAGCUCGCCGGUACCAAAUGGGCGGAGCCUAAAUCACCGCACAAAUUGGGUGCCGGGGAAUAAUGAGGAUGGCUACCUGAUAGGAAUUGAUAAUUUGGUGAAGAUCCUCGAAGACCUGCCAGAAUACGGGGAACACCCUGACGACCAGCUGAUGGUUACCGAGGAAGUGAUAGCUAGAAUGAAAAAUUCCAAGUAA